AUGAAUGGAUUAGUAUUAGGUGCUUCAGGUUUAUGUGGAGGCGGGUUUCUGAGACACGCUCAGGAGGCUCCCCAGUUCUCUAAGGUUUACGCUAUCUUGAGAAGGGAACUGCCCUUCCCAGCCACUGAUAAGGUUGUAGCCAUAGCAGAAAAGGAUAAUUCGCAGUGGUCAACAUUGAUUACCGAUGAAAUGCAUCCGCAGGUGCUAUUCACUGCAUUGGCAACGACGAGAGCUGCCGCGGGUGGUUUGGACAAGCAGUACAAGAUCGAUCAUGACUUAAACAUACAAUUGGCCCAGACUGCCAAGGAAAAAGGAUGCGAAACGAUCGUUCUCGUGUCUUCCGCUGGCGCUCAUCCGGACUCCAGGUUCGGCUACAUGAAGAUGAAAGGUGAGAUUGAACGCGAUAUCAUCGCUCUUAAUUUUAAGCACACUAUAAUUUUACGUCCAGGCCCUCUUCUAGGUGAACGGAAAAAUUCUAAGCAAAGCGGAUUUGGUGGCAAUCUGACUGCUGCUUUGGGCACUCGCUUGUACCGUUCCAGAUUCCAGAGUUGGUUGGGCUACCCAGUCUACGGCGAUGAGGUGGGAAAAGUUGGUGUUCAUUUGGCGUUGAAUCCUUCUGGGAAGGACAAAGUUCAGUUUGUAUCGAGUAAGGACAUUCUUGACAUCUCCGGUUCCCUCGGGAAGAUUACUACAUGA